AUGACCGAAACGCAUGAUCCUCAUUUUGAAAACAUUGUUAAUGAGCUGAAUGAGGUCACAACCAUUGCGGAUAAAUUGGUAUUCUACUCGGUUUAUCUGAGGCCUCCGGCUGGGUCAAAGGACAAAGGUAAGUCGCUCUGUUGCCCGAUAUUCUGAUAAAAUUAUCUCCCCAAUUUCAGGACCAAAUCCCCCCGCUGAUGCUCUGAGCAAAGUCGACAGCUUGACCAAGAUUGAAACAACUUUAAAGAAGAUAUCCGAGAUCGACGAAAAACUGGAUCAAAUAGAAACUGAUAACCCAGAAGUCUUCACAGAUCAAGUUGAAGACUACAGAAGUGAUCUGGAAGACCUUAAAAAAAGGCUGAAGAAUUUAAAACAGGUGGGAUCAAAAAUAUACUAGACAUCUUCUUGAAAAACAGCCUAAAAUAACAUAUCUUCUAGGUCAUCAACUAUGAGUUGCUCAACGAAGGAGAUCCCAGCAAAAGCGAAGGCUCAUGGCUGACUACCUAUAAAAAUCUUCUUGGUGCCAAACUUCACAAGGAAAAGAAUGCCCUCGAGGAGAUUCAAGAGUCCGAGACGAAAGAUCAAGCCGAAUUACAAACCUUGUGCAAAAGGUUGGAUAGAAUUGUGCAGACUGCUGCAAUGCUACAAGAAGCAGCUCGAUAUCUGCAUUGGUUCACCAACAGGAUUGUUGAAGCCAAUGAAGCCUUGCCGGACUCGAAAAAAGAUUACACUUUGGAAUUGGUGGCGGGCUGGAUGAGGACGGAGUUGGAUCGGGUCAAAGAUCACGAACAAAACUGCUUUGUAAGUCGCUGUUAAUAUCAGUAUAUGUGCAAAAAAUUCUGCUCUCAGAAAGUGACAAAAACUCUUUUCAGAACGUAAAAUCGGAGCUCGAAGGAAAACUGUUUGAGAAGACGGAAGAGUAA